GAGAGCGAUACAUAUGCAAUUGAAAGGGCAAGGAAGAGAAGAGAAGAUAAUGCAGUAGAAAGAAGCAAAAAGCAAUCAAGGGGUUGGAACCCGGGGCAAAAAUAAUAGCAAGCAAGAUAAAAUGAUCCAGAAAAAUAACAGCUUGUGACAAACUGAUCCUUACAGAAACAUAAAGGAGGGACACGCAAGAGGACAUACUGAGAGAGAAGGGAGGAGAAAAAACAGAAGACAUCCAAAAGGAAUAUAAGCUAUAGGUUCAAUGAUGAUCACAAACUAACAGACUAAUUUACAGUGUUCUACUCACAGGCACAAUGGGGUGUGGUUGCAGCUCUGACUAUGAUGAGGAUUGGAUGGAAAACUUUGAUGUGUGUGAAAAUUGCCAUCUGCCAAGGGAAAAGACACAGAUGAUCUCACGGUAUGAUUUACAGGAUCCACUGGUUUCAUAUAUGUCACAAGCUCCUCCCAGUUCUCCUCUGCAUGAUAAACAAGUAGUGACCUUGUAUAGUUAUGAACCUGUACAUGAUGGAGAUCUUGGUUUUGAGGCUGGGGAGAACCUACAGAUAUUGGAAUCAACUGGCGAGUGGUGGAAAGCUAAAUCACUGCGCACAGGAGAAGUGGGACUUGUGCCAUUUAACUUUGUAGCAGCGGUAAAUGGACUAGUAAAAGAACCUUGGUUCUUCAGUGAUCUGGGUCGGAAAGAUGCAGAGCGUCAGCUUCUAGCUCCAGGAAACCAGCAAGGAUCUUUCCUGAUACGAGAAAGUGAGACCAAUAAAGGCUCCUACUCUUUAUCUGUGCGUGAUCUAGAUGCGAAUCAGGGAGAAGUGGUGAAACAUUAUAAGAUUCGCAAUAUGGAUAAUGGAGGAUAUUAUAUUUCACCCCGGAUAACAUUUAACGAUCUUCAGGAAAUUGUGCAACAUUAUUCUGUGUCCUUGGAUGGGUUAUGUACUAAGCUGAAGGAUCCAUGCCAGACUCACCGACCAAAAAAACCCUGGUGGGCUGAUGAAUGGGAGAUCCCACGCAACAAGCUGCAACUAGUGAAGAAGCUAGGUGCUGGACAGUUUGGAGAGGUGUGGAUGGGAUACUACAACGGGCACACCAGGGUUGCCAUAAAGAACCUUAAACAGGGAACUAUGUCCCCAGCAGCAUUCCUUGCAGAAGCCAACCUAAUGAAGCAGCUGCAGCAUACACGACUGGUCCGCUUACAUGCGGUAGUAACCCAGGAACCUAUAUAUAUUGUGACAGAAUACAUGGAAAAUGGGUGCCUGGUAGAUUAUUUGAAAACAGCAGAAGGCCUCAGACUUACUGUCUAUAAACUUAUAGACAUGUCAGCUCAGGUAGCAGAAGGAAUGGCGUACUUGGAGCGAAAAAAUUACAUCCAUCGGGACUUACGAGCUGCUAACAUCCUGGUGUCGGAAACCAUUUGCUGCAAAAUAGCAGAUUUUGGGCUGGCACGUGUGAUAGAGAACAAUGAGUACACAGCGCGAGAAGGUGCCAAGUUUCCUAUAAAAUGGACAGCUCCUGAAGCAAUAAAUUAUGGAACAUUUACCAUUAAAUCUGAUGUAUGGUCAUUUGGUGUCCUCCUGACUGAAAUUAUCACAUAUGGGCGGAUCCCAUACCCAGCCAUGACUAAUCCUGAAGUGAUAGAACUUCUUGAGCGUGGGUAUCGUAUGCCGAGACCUGAGAAUUGCCCUAUGGAACUUUAUGAUUUGAUGCUUCGCUGUUGGAAGGAGCGCCCUGAAGACAGACCAACAUUUGAUUUUCUUCGAUCGUAUCUUGAAGACUUUUUCACAGCUGCAGAGGCCCAGUAUCAGGCCCAGCCUUAAUAUAACAAGUACAAACAAGCAUUGUUGAAGGGGACUCUAAAACACAACUGUAAAAAAAGUCCAGUAACAGACCCAUAGAGACUUUACCAAUUACUCCUACUACCCGUGGGUAAAACAAGACAUUAACAUUUCAUUUGGAAUUUCAGUAAAACUAAAAAAAAUAAUAUUAAUAAUCAUAUAACCCAUGAAAGUCUAAGGAAAUUUGGGAGUUCAGUAUCAUAUGACGGAUACCAUUGUAAGCGCGUUUCCUAAAAAUAUUUUAUACUAUUAUACAAACAUAUGUUGAGUCACUCUAAAAGAGCUCUAAAGCUUACAUAAAUCCAUGUAUUAUAUAAGUAUUCAUUAUUUUAAGGGAAAAAUAAAAACACAAAUAAGGACAAACUUUUAAUUUAGGUUUCUUGCAUUGUACUGCAUCUUUUCAUUAUUAAUGUGCAGAAAGGCUGGAUAUAUACUGCAUCUUCACUGUUCAUGUACAGCAACUCGUGAUGUGUACUGCAUAGUGACAUUUCUACUGAAGCCAGCUAUUCAGACUCUACUGUCUACUACUAUCCACAGCAAGUGAACACAUCUCUGUCCUCAUGCUGUUUUUUGGCAUGGGUGCAAAUACUGAUGACUCAAAGUACAAUAUGGAUAAAAUAAAAAUGAAAGUCGACAAAGAUAAUGCAAUGUUACUAAAAUCCAUCUAUACAAAAUGGUAUUAAAUUCUCAAUU